GGAGGAGGAGCAAGCGACAACAGAGUGAGGAGACGAUAUUGAUGGAAUUAAUCUGGACGUCCUGUUUGACUCUUAGAUGUCUCUGACACACGUCGCUGAUAUCAUCUUUACACAUGCGUUCAGGUGCAGGUGGAAAAGGUCAGUGAUGGAGGAUUUGAGCAGAUUAUAAUCUGGUUUGUUCAUUUGUUCUUUGGUUACUAGUAUUACGUCCACCAAGGAGGUUACGUUUCAUCUGCGUGGGUUAAUCUGUAAAUUUGUCCUACUUUUAGCAACUUCCGGCCUGCACUUUUGGACAAAUCAAUUGGGAUUUUUUUUUGUCUGAUCACCAAAGUAUGUUUCCAUUGAAUCUACCCACUGAUGAUGAUGGAACGAAAUUUGGUAUGUGUAUGCAGGAUAAAACACUCUACCAUCAGGCUGCAUUUAAUCCAGAUUAUAGAUUUGGCGGCAAUGGAAAUGUUACAUGGUUCAUAACAGACCAGGAUGGACUUUGUCAUGUUUAUGUAAAAUGGUAAUAGGUAAAGUUCUGGAUCGGAUCACCAAGGGACCCCCUAACAGAGUAUGGGCGAAAAAACAUUUUUCACAAGUUAUCUGGUUUUCUUUUGUAUUUGAAAAUUGCACAUUUGGCUCACAUUUGCACAUCUGUGGUGGUAGAGGGGGACCAAGCCCCCCAAAAAGCUUGGGCCGGCUCUGGACAAAGUAAUCUCAGAAUUCUGCGCUCUCUGAGUGCUCUUGUUGAUAUUAUUGAUUGACAGUGAUGGACAAUAUGGGGCUUUUAUCUUACAAGGAUUAACUGAUCAACUGUUAAAUCGGUACAAUUCGCAGUCCGACGAUUUAAUUCACAGUUUUUGGGACAUUUUGUCUGUGACUGAAGGUCAGGUUCAGGCAAAGAAAAAUAAGAGACGUGGAGAGUGAUGAUCGCGUGCACCGAGUGUCUCUGUCCACCAGGGGACAACAGCUCCCUUGCAGCACAGAGGAGGUUCCUGGGUUUCAGCACCUUCUCCAUCAGAGACCUGCUCAGACCUAAAGAGCGCCACCUGUCAGUCAGCGUCAGGACGAUGGAAGGAGUGGACGAGGUCGAGGAGCUGAGGAUGUCCCAUCGGCAGAUGAAGGGACAAGGACAUGACAAAAUCCCUCCUAAGCACGAGUGUUCCGCCCUGUGUGACGUCCUUCACAGCUCUGUCCACGACAAAGUCAACAGUCCCAUGAUGAGAGCAGCGUUGUGUGCUCAGGUGUGUAAAGUGUACAGGUUUCAGACAGAGGACCAGCGAUGGCUGCUGGUCAGAGAGCAGCUGUCAGAGACACCACUCUCCUUCUCUUUACCCAGACAACUACUGAGUGCGCUCAUACACGAGUACACACACAGGGUCCAGGAGGUGAUUGAGCUUGGUGACCUGUCACCUCACUGGGAUGGAAUCCGCCAUGAUGUCAUCAGCCACUGUAACCACCUGAUUGGCUGUUAUCAGGACACGCUGGUGGAGCUUGAGAAACUCUCAGCGGUGUCCUGCUUCAAGUCGAGCAGCAGGAAGUCGGACGCACACCUUCAGUUUGUUCCGACCAAUUUGCACGCACAGAGGAUGGAGGUGACCGACCCUGAUGGCACAGGUGCGUGGUAUGAUGUCAUCACGUUUGGCGCUCCAGCCGAUCACCACCAGGCCUUCAAACAUGGUGGACUGAAGAGACUAAUGAGUAAACACAGGAAGUACAGCAGCGCAUCUUACCUCCAGGACCAGAGCUCCAGAGCCAGGCAGCUGCUGAGCACUGUAUCCCAGCUACAGCCUCACGUGUUCGGGCUUUCUGAGGAGCUGCUCUCUGUCUCCUCGGAGCUGAACACUGCUCGCCUGCAGGAGGCGCUAGAGCCUCUGACACAACAGAUUGGGCAGUUGGUUCAUGCGCUCAAAGAUGAACUGGUUAAGAGCGCCCUGAUAGCGAUCCACGGCCAAAGCUCCGCCCACUUCAGUUGCAGCCAUGUCCAUAGCAACGGCCAUUUCUGUGAUAACUCGCCAACCAGUGACAGGCUUUCAUUGGGUCAACAGGAAGUCCACCGGCGUGAUGAGGAAUAUGACGAGGACGAGUGGGACAUAGCGUGGGCCAAUGUAGCCACGAGCCUCAGCUGCAUUAUCGCCAUGGCAGAUCGGUUGAAGGGGCAGGACCUCUGUCCCCACAAGCAGCAGGAGACACCGGGGAGCACUGCAUCUCCUUCCUCGUCCUCUUGGCAGGAACAGCUGCUCCCUCUUGUGGUCACUCUAAGAGACUGUGUGCGCGAGGCAGUGACAAAGGCACAGGCCGCCAUGACCUUUGUGGUCCUGCAGCACGCAGUGGUUCUGACUGUUGACCAGGGGCCGGCACAGAUGGUCUUGAGACGCCAUGCCGUCUUCAGCCAGGCGAUCUCGGCACUCGUCUGCGGCUUCGCGUUGAAGCUGUACAGUUCAUUGGACGACCAUGACUUCCUGCAGCAGCUUCACACUGUCGGUGUCUUGGCUCAGUUUGAGAGUCUGCUGAGCAUCUAUGGUGAUGAGGAGGGCAUGCUGGAGGACAUGGAGGUGGGCGUGGCCGACUUGAGCCAGGUAGCGUUCACUGUCACCGAGGCUGAGACAGACAGAGAGGACGACCUGCUGCCCACGCUCCGAGGAACAUGGUACACUUUCGUCGUCGAAAUGCCAUUACCGGCUGAGAUGUUUAGGUCGUUGCCACAGCAACUAAGAGACGGAUGUUUGAUACGAGUCCAUCCUGUCGUCUUCAACAUCGGAAUAAACCAACAACAGAGUGUGGCGGAGAGGUUCGGGGACACGUCUCUUCAGGACAGACUGAAUCAUCAAAACUGUGAACGUCUUAGAGGAUAUUGUGAGACACUGCGAGACAGCCUGCCUCAUCUGACUUGUCUCCAGCCUCUGUCCAACAUGCUGUCAUCUCUUGACCACUGUGUGGCGUCGAGGAAGAGGAAGAAUGUGGAGCUGCUGUGGACGGCCGCAAUGGUGUGUCGACAGGUGGGCGGCGUCCGUCUGACCAGCUGCAAGAGUGCAAAGGAUCGCACGGCCAUGUCGGUAACGCUGGAGCAGUGUGUGUUACUGCGAGACAGACACACACUCAGAGACUUCAACACUGCACUGGACUGUAUGAGGAGGUCUCGCCAGUCUUGGGGGCAGAUGCUCUCCUGUUAUGCCCGCUCAGGUUUCACUGUCUCUGGGUUCGAUCACAGCGCUCGUCCCUCCACUCUCAGUGUCUCCUGGAUGUCUCUGCGCAGACGUCACGUUUACCCCGUAACCGUCCUGCUGGUCACUUCUCACUUGCUGGUCCUGUGGCUCCUUCUCAGCCUCGUCACGCUGCUGCCCAAAGACCAGUAAAGUUAAACGACAAAGGGUCACGUGACCUUGUGUGUGUCUGUGUGUGUGUGCAGGGAUGGCUGCAGGAUGGAAAACGUGCAGAAGAACAUUGGCGGCAGGAAGUUUGCCUUCAGCAGCG